AUGUCGGUGGGAUGUUGGUGUUGCAUUCAGGGGAGUGUCGACAUUAUCGACACGUCAAAACCUUUUGUGAAGGAUAGUUGCGAGAAUAUAGGGCGAAUGUCUGAUAAAAAUAAAGGAUAUGCCGUAGAGGAAUUACCUUAUACUAUUGUAAAUGGUGUCUGUAUUCCUAAAUUAGACUUAUCAUGGCUAUAUGAAGAGGACAGACUACUAGAAAAAAGAAAUAGUCGAAAAAAUGCCGUAGGGCAACAGAAACAAUGCCAAGAGAAGAGAAAUAGCAUCGAUAGAGCCUCCAUAGAAAGAGUAUGGAAUGAUGAAACUUUUAGAGUAAGUCCAAUUGUUGAGUUUAGUGAAACAGGGAGUUCUGAUUCAACUUCAACUAUAUCAACAGAUCGCUCUGCAGCCAAAGAAACAGAUACAGGUAUUGCUGAGCAAAAAGCAAAUGAUACUAAAACAAAGGUCACUUUGAAUGGAGAGUCUAAAAUGUCUUCUGCGAUUGAGAGGCGAUGGAGAAAAUUGGAAAAGCUUGAACCAUCUAAAGCAGCAGAAUUAAAGGAGUAUCUAGCAAAACAUGGAUUCAAGAGUAAAAAUGUGGAUCAGGAAGAAGAAAAGAAAAGAGGGGAAGAAGAAAAUGCUCAAAUAAAGGAAUUUAUUUCUAAAUAUGCAGUAAAGAAAGUCUUCAUGUCACAAGUAGAAAAAUCAGCUCCCAGAAACUUAAUUCAUGAAGCAGAUGGGAAAAGUACAAAGGAAACAAGGACAAGAAAGGGAGACAGUAACAGAAAGGAAGAAAGUACAAAGAGUACAAGCGAAAAAAGCACAAGCAGGAGACAAGAUGAAAGUUUGGACGAAGGUACAAAGGAUGAAAGUAUUAGAAGGAAUGAAAGUACAAGAAAGGAGGAUAGUAUACGAAUAAAUGAAAGUACAAGACAGGAAGAAAGUACGCGGAGAAAAGCCGGUCUGACAAGCAAAGGAAGUAGGGAACACAAUACAGGGAGGGAAGAAAGUACAAGCAAUGACAAAGGUCGCAUUGUGAAUGAAAGUACUAAAACAGAACAAAGUAUAACAAAGGAAGAAAGUACACGACGAGGAGAAAGUACAAGAGCUUUAUUUCGAGCUAGGCGAACUAAUAGUUUACAAUCGAAAACAAAACAAAAAGCAGAAGACUUUCAAAAUAAUGAUAGAUUAACAAGAGCGCCAGAAGCAUGGCCAGACAAGGGAUUGUUAUUGUGUUCACAAAACAACACAGACCAGAACACAACCAAUAGACAGAGUACUGAAAGUCCUCAUGAAGAAGUAAAGUGUAUAGAAUCUUACUGGGAAAAGGUAAAAAGACUUGUUGAAAGUAGAGCUGAAGUUAAUGCUGAUGUUGAUAUUGAUGCUUACAUAGAAAAGGUUAAACAGAGGUGUAUUAGACUGCUAGAUACCAUCAAUGAUGUCAAUAGAUUAGAUGAAGCUAGACAAGAGAAGAGGGCCAUAAUAUUUUCAGCAUAUAAUAAAGGUCAAAACACACACAGCUUCAAUGAAAGUCCGAAAAAAAAUGCUACCAUAGAAAAUAUUUUACAGAAGUAUUUGAAGAACGACACCAGAGAACGGCAUCAGCCGAUAGGAAACAGAAGCUUCAACGAAGAAAUGGACAAUGUCAAUGAAUGGGAGAGACAGUUCUACAAAAGUCCAAGGCAGAACACGGUCAUACAAGAAAUUUUACAAAAAUAUUUAAAGAAUGGUACCACAGAACAACCUCUUACCAACAGGGACAGAAGUGUCCGCCUUUUGGAAACAAGACAAAGAUCACUCAGCAGUCAACGAUUCUCAGCAAUUAAAUCUUCAAAAGAGUCACAUGCCCCUUAUAAGACUGUCCAAAGUGCAACUCAAAUGACACGAAAGUUACAUCCAUCUAUAUCCCAAAAACAAGGGAAUGAUUCUCUGAAGAUCAAUCCUCAAGCCUCAGGUCGGUCUUCAAAAAAGUUCCAAAGAACAAUAACCAAUACUCCAAAGAAGAUUCAGUUUCACCAAACGAGAAAGCAACAAACUCCAACAGCGUCUCCAAAGAACGUCAAAAAGAAGAGAUUGAGAGCCCGAAGGAUCAAUCCUCAGACAGAAAAGGAUGAUUUGCUAAAUACUAUUUAUAAACCCAGAAAUUAUGUUUCGUGCUUCCCAAUGGACUACAGUAUUUCAAUCCUAAGUGAUACAGAUGAAGAUCUAAUGAAUGGAAAACAAAGGUCUAAAGGCAUUAGCAAACAGUAUAGUAAAAGUCGAAACAACAAUUCAAUACAAGGGCUGAAAUUUGAAACAAAAAAAGAAAUAAGAAAUAAUAUUAAAAAGACAGAUUACUCCAUAUUCCUGGCGAGUUCAGUCUCAAAAGAUUACCACAAGAACUUCGAUACUAUUAAACUAGAAGAUGCCAAAAUACAUGAAACAGAACGUCAUGCUAAGAGACUUGAAAGGGCAAGUGAUGCUGAGAGACUUCAAAUGGAAGGUGAUGAUGAAGUAACGAUUGGUAAUAACCAAUGUGUGUCUGAGAAAACCACAGAUAAGAAGACAGGUUUCAGACAAAAGUUGAAAGCAUUUAAAGAAUACAUAACUCACACAAAAAAUCAACGAAGCGCAAAAGUAAGCGCAUUGGAUCACGCCCAAGGAGAAUCUAAAAUGGCGACAAAAGAAGAAAACAAGAGAAACAAGAGGAUGAGAAAACAGAAAAAGAAAAAUGCAAAAGAAAACAUUGAGAAAAUUUACGGUGCACAGAAAAAGUUGAUAAUAUAA